AUGUUCCUUUGUCAGUGGUUUGGCCAUCUUUACGAUGCCCUCUUCUGCCCAUCCAUCCCCUUCAGCUAUCGUUGGAGGCUUGUGGCUCUGCAGCCGCUCACGUCAUUGGCGUAUUUCCUAAAAUGGAUUCCAUGUGCCUUCUCUCGAGACAAAAGUGUGAUAUGGAUACCGCUUCGUCGAGAUCCUGGCCACUUUGUCCGUGCGGUUGUUUUCAACCCUAAAUGUCUCAGGCAAAAAAAUCUGCCCGGGAGACCUCUCCAUUUGGAUAUUCAUGGUGGUGGCUUUCUGGGUGGUCUGCCAGAGUAUGACGCGCCGUUUUGCAUGGAGGUUGCAAGACGCACUGGUGCCGUUGUCGUCUCCACCUCCUAUAGAUUUGCACCGCGAUACACAUUCCCGACCGCCCACGAGGACACUCAGGAUGUCGCUUCUUAUCUAGUUGAGAACUGUGAACAGCUUUGGGGUGCGGAUCCCAAACUGAUGACCAUCAGCGGCUUUUCCGCAGGUGGUAACCUGGCGCUUGGUGUUGCACAGGGUUUGGCUGGGACCAGUCAUCAUAUAAAAGGCUCCGUAACCUUCUACAACCCAGUAGAUCUGCGUAUCCCACCCUGGCUCAAGCCCAAACCUCCAGGUCUCCCGGCCAAGGAUCCUUUUGCUUUUGUCAUGCCUUUAUUCGAUGCAUAUCCCGGGCUACACCCUCCAAGACAACUACACAAUCCGCUUUUAAACCCAAUUUUGGCGGAUAUUCUUUCUUUACCCCCGAAUAUGCUUUUCAUCAUCCCGACCCUCGACAUUCUAUUACAUGAACAAACAGUCUUUGUGGAACGGUUGAAGGAAGAGGCUGAAGCUCUAAACGCCCAAUCAAAUGCAGGAGAAGUAGAAGAUUCCAAACGCACGGGGUAUUCAGGAGCAAUAGCGUCUGGAGUACCAGAACAGCAAAACGCAGACGCAGACUCUCAACUUAACCAUCGUACUAUGUUGAAUGACAUUGUAAAGGUUCCGCCACGUUAUCGGGUUGAGAGCAUCCUUUUUGAAAACCAAGUCCAUGGCUGGCUAGAGCGUGCGUUAUUUCUUGCAGGAUUCAAGCUUCAUGCGUGA